CAAAUAUUGUGCAAUAUAAUAUCAAUGGUGCUGUCAAGCUAUUAAAUUUCUGACGUGCAACUGUUGCUAAGUAGAAUGUAAGCAAAUAAAAAGCCCAUUGUAUGGUAUUUUGAUGUCGGCAGGGUAGGUCUGAAUUGAAAGGCACACAACUGCACAACUAUAAAAUCGUUGUCGGCCCACUUGAAAUUAUAAUGAAUUCCCAGCCUGCUGUGAACAGGAAUAAUAAAGAAUCAUAUCCAAAAUCAAAUAAUAAAAUGAGUGAUGAAGAUUACAGUGAUGAAGAUGGCAGCUACAGAAGUGGAAGUUACACUGAGUCCGAAUCAAAUGCCUCUUAUUCUGACGGAGGAUCGAAAAAAACUAUCAAUGAUUCCAAAAGAGAUUCAAAAACACCAAAAAAGUCACAAGUUCACCAAAAAAACCCAGCUUUGGUUAGAGGGGUGCCAAGAGGAACCAUUUACAAGAAACGUGCAGCUGUAGGUGCUGGUGGAGAUUCAGUUACAGAAAAAGUUCUAUCAGAAAAUAAAAUUAAAAUAGGAGAGUUGAGAAAUAAGAACAGUGAAUUGUUGGAAUUGAUUUCAAAGUAUGAAUAUGAAAACAGAGAUUUGAUGAGGAUAAUAAGAAAACAAGAGAAACAAUUAAAAACCUUUCAAGAACAAGAGAACUCGAUGCCAGUGUUGAUACAGCGUCAGACGGCAGAAAGUCACGCCAUGUACGAACAGAUGAGAAACUUGAAAGAGAAACUUCGCAAUCAGGAGAAAAAAAUCAAAUCAGCCGACGACGAACUUGAGCAGAAACAGAAACAACUGAAGAAGAUGAAGGCUCUCGUCGACGACAGUCAUUUAUUGGAGAGAGAUGAGCUGACUCAAAAGCUGAAGAACAUUGAAGCUGAACUGCAGAACAAGAGCGAAAUCAUCAGAAAUUUAGAAAGACACAUAGAAAACUUGAACAAGAAUCACAAGCACGAGUUGGGUUUGAAGAAAGCCAAGCAGCAAGCCACAGUUUCUGAGGUGGACGCCCUGAGAGCUGAAAUUGAUCGAAUGCAGAUGCUGCUACAUGAGAAGGAAAAAGAGUUAUCAGUCUUGAACAUCUAUGCACAGCAGAGAUUUCAGAUGAAGCCGCCCCACCGCCUCACUAGCUCCAUAAGGUCCACACCCGUCUUCGACAAGCAGGGCAACCCCCAGAGCAUGAGAGGAAAAAAAGAUACAAACAUCAACAAAGAACGUCUACAGGAUCAUUCUAGAAAUCAACUUGUCCAUAACCCUAACGCGAAUGUUAACAUCAACAACGUCCCAACAAAACAAAAAAGAUCCAACUCACCUGAAAUAAAACUCAACAAAUCCUUGCCAAAUGAUGCAAAAGUCUCAACUCGUUUCACUCAGAACAUGGCAACAAGUAGCACUACGACCAGCACCAACCCACACGCUAAGCAGCCAAACACUCAAAAUAAAUUACAUGGUAUUAACGAGGAGAAAACUAACAAAAAUCGGGAAAAAGAAGAAAUAGAGAAGAAAAUAAAAGAGAUGGAGAGAGAAACAAAAAUGAAAGUGAUGAAUCAAAAUGGCGGAGGGAUUUUUAACAGUCAUAACAAAAAAGUUUUAGAGGAAUCUCCUAGUAAAGAUCGAAUGAAAGCCAAAGAUCAGCAAGAAAAUCAGAAAGAAGUGCUGCUAAACAAGAUGAAAGAAAUUGACGGAUCUGUCAAUGUUUCGAAAUCUUCAUCCAAACAAAACGUGAAAAAAUCAAUCUUUGAUGACGACGACGACGAUCUACAGUUUGCAUCGUACAAACCUUCUUUCUUGAAUGACACAUCCAACAAGAGCAACAACCACAAUCACAAAUCUUCCAACAAACCGGUCAGCGUGAAGAAGAGGGAUGAUUUAUUUUCGGAACUUUUUGAUGACAAACAUAAGGACGACGAUGAGGAUUUUAUUUUUGGGGCCAAAAAAACCACCUCAUCUUAUACGACCACGUCGAAAUCGCCAAUAUUCUUCAACCUGAACACCACCACUACCAACAGCAACAACAGCAACAAUAACAACGUCAACUCGAGGAAUGCACUGAACUCCAAGACGAAUCACCUUCCUAAAAAAAGCAAACAAAGUCUGGCCACCUUGAAUGGAAUCGAUUCAGAUGACGACGACGUUGGCUUUCGUGAAUUAAAAUUUAAAUAAACAGUUUUAUUGAGUUAUUCAUUUAAUUGUAUAGUCAAGGUAAUUUUAUUACGUUUUAUUAAAGGUGUUUUGAGUGUUUUUAUUUAAUUGUAUUAAUUAUUUGAUAUCUGAUGAAUUUAAUAUAUAUAUAUCUAAUAUAUUUAAUUUUAUUUAUUGAUUAGUUUACUUUAAAAAUAAAAUUACCUCAAUAAAAAUACUCUGAAAUGAAAAACCAAAUAAAAAACUUUGUAGGUGACAAACAUGUAAACACAGUCAAUUUAUUAUACAAUAGCAACACCGUAUGUUAUACAACUUAAAAAUACUUUUGUUUUUAGGCAUAGUAUACAAUAAUCAUUUUAAUGACAGCAUUUAUAACCGAAUUUGUAACUAAUAAUUAUUUUCAUGUUUUGCAGAUACGGAUGCAUAUAUGAGUAUAUAAGUAAACAUAUAUAUAU